CACUCGUUGAAAUUCCUAUUAUGAGCAACACCACUGGCAGCACAAGUUAGCUCUGCUCUCUAUACAGCUAUGUCAGGAGACUCGGAGUUGGAGUUGGGGGUGGAUACAACUCCCAUUCCAACAAAAGUGACUCAAACUGCCUUGAACCUUCAAGUUGGACCUAGCACCCAUGAUCGUAUCCAAACCCUUACAGACUUCCACAUUCGUCUUCAGUCUGUCCGACAUAUACCUUCGUUCCUACUGAGGCAUCCAUCUGGAUCUUCACUAUCUCAUGAACCAGAGUUUGCUUCUUCAUUUGACCCAGCCGACCACGACUUUGCAGCUCCAUUCCACACUACCCCAACACAGGACUUCCGCACUCUAAAAAGUAUAGCCGACACCCUGCGCUCUGAAAAAAUCCAAGAAGCGUUAAAGGUUGCCCGCGAGAGCGAAGAUGCAGAUAAAAGCGACCUUGGCUUGUUCCAGAGAGAAAGUCGCAAACGGAAGCGAGCACUUUCGCCAGUUGGCUCACCUCAGCCUUACAUACCGCCGCCACCGCGAACUUCAUCAUUAUUCCCACAUAUUGAUGAUGAGCUUCCCUGCUUGCGUGCUGAGGGACUAGUAGAAUAUAUUCGAGAAUUCAAUCGGGGUGACAUAAAGUUACAUCCUAGCCCAGGGACCAGUGAAGCGUUUCAGCCGAAAUGUAAACUAUGCCUAUGGUCCAGGACACGUUCGCCACAACUUGACCGAUCAAUGAAUCACAGCACGCCGCGACUAAAGUUGACUAGUCCCGCAAUCUUGCGAUUCACAAUCGAAGAUGUACUCACCGCUUACGUCUCCCUUGUGUUCACCUGCUUGGAAGAUCCACUUCUUAUAGAGAGUGUAACCGUCUUUGGCCCCAGAGAGAUGAAGCUGCCUCAUAUGCAAUCCGAUUAUCUCGCGUUCCAAGUACUAUCCCAGCAUAUCGCGAAAAUGGUUCAGUCUCACCCACAAGUACCUCUUCAGACGCUCGUUCAUCUUUUGGUAUCUUAUCAAGGACUUUUUGUUGAUCGGUGUACUAGUUGCGAACGGGUACUUUCGGCAGAAGGUCACGUUCCUCCAGCUGCGCGGUUAUGGAUUCCCAGAGGCACUCAGCAACCUAUUGACCUCGAUGCGAACAAAGCAGAUGAGCCCGAUCAUGGUGUCAUCAUCAAUCCAGACGCUACCCCCGCGAGAAGUCAAACCGCGGAUUAUUCUGAUGGACAUUGGGAAUCACGCCAUGUCACGUGUAUGCACAGCUGAACCAAUAUAACCCAGGUGUUUCGGAGC